GUGGGAGGAGGGGAGUGCAUACCGAGUGGUGCUCACGGUGGAAAAUGGCACGGGCUCGGCAUACGUCGACGGGCAGCUCGUGGGGAGUUUGGAGGAGAAACCUCCCUUUGCUGGUUUUGUUGCUUUGUCUGAGUCUGAGUUUGGGCCUGAAGAAACUCUGUUGGGGAGGAGGCCGCCGGAGAGGGUCUCGCACAUCCUCGUUGGGAAAUACAGGUACGACGAAGUAAACGCAGAGGUCCACGUGACGGUGAAGAACGUCUUGCUGUACAACCGCUGCUUCAACGCCAGUGAGGUUGCGGCGCUGGAGAGGAAGGAAAAGGAGGAGGCCAGCGUGACUGCGCCGGAGGAGGUGCCGCUUCGCACCGCCGCAUCCCCCGUAGAACUCCCAGCCGCAGCAGCUGGCGGCGUGGCCGAGGGGCCGUCAGUGGCAGCCGGCACUGGCCCCGCGACGACCGACGCGGCUGGGAGUUCUACGGGGGAUGCGUCGGUGCCGCGCGGUGCAUCGGCGCCGGGCCUAAAUAACGCCUCCGCCUCACUCGCAAAAGAGGCUGCGGGCACAGUGCAGAGGGAGGCUGGGGGCGGCGACGGCACUGCGCGUGGGAGUGUGUCUGUGGUGCUCUCGCUUCUUCUGCUUGCGCUGUGGGGCCUCUCCGCGCUGUGCUGA